CCUGUGUCGCCCACGUGUUUCAGUCUCUCUCUGUUCAGGCAGAGCGUGGAGCUUUUCCCCUUUUCCUUCGCCCUGAAGCUAGGCCGAUUUAGGCAUUGGCUACGAAACCUCCAGAUUCCAAAACCGCGACGAAGUUGAAGUUGAGCAACUGAGGUGCGUAACCCAUAAAGAAGGCAGAAAUGCCGUCGCGGGAUCACAGAUGAACAGAACACAAAAUAGUGGAGGAACUCAACAGGUCUGGCAGCAUCUGUGGAAAGGAAUAAACAGUCGAUCCUUCAUCAGGACUGGAAAGGAAGCUGGGCAGUAGCCAGUAUAAGAAGGCAGGCCCAAGGUGAUGAAGGAGGAGAUUGAUGCCGGGGUGGUCUUCCUGACCAAUCUGGUGAAGCGGCGGAGUUGCCUGGGCCGUGAGAAGAUCGAGGAGUUUGGCGAGAAGCUUACUGGGGUCCUCCAGCACUCCUACCAGGGCCACUGGUACCCAGCCAAUCCCAGCAAAGGACAGGCCUACAGGUGUAUCCGUAUAAACGGGAGCCAGCGGAGGGACCCGGUGUUACUGCUUGCCUGUCAGAAAUGCAAUGUGGAUUACAGCCAGCUGCAGCUUCCACAGGAGAUGACACUGUGGAUCGAUCCCCAAGAAGUGUGGUGUCGUUCGGGAGAGGGGAGCCAGCCCUUCACCGUUGCUUGCUUUGACAAGGAUUCUGAGACGGGGAGAGGAGGUGAUGGUGCAGGUGUCUGUAGAGAUUCCGAUCAGAGUCUGCCUGAAUCCAGCAGUGAGGGAACAUCUGAUGAGGAGGAGCAGCCAGUCUCCGUGACAGCCUCGCAGAAAUCUCUCGAAUGGUUUCGACACAAUACUUGUCAGGUUCCCAUUCUGCUGGAUUCCCCCCUCCCCUGGCCUCCCUACUCGCCCAAGCUGCUCCCAGUCACCGCCUUCGUGUCCUCGACCCCACUCCUCAGCCGGUGUCUGCUCCCCACUGUGCCGCGCCCUCCGCCCGGGCUCCUUCUCCCGCUCUGGGGGCCACCCCUCCCUCGGACACGGAAACGGCGCAAGUGAUCUGCGACAGGGUCUCGGGUGCUCUCCCCCCACCUACCCUGCCAGAACCGAUCUACCUCUCCGCCCCUGGUCCCUACCCUUGGAGUAGGGCUUCCACCGUCCCUCCACCCAGGUGUGGACAUGUUUGUCAGUUGGGCGUGACCUAUUGGUGCGACAUUUGCAAUGAGUGUGUGACGCAGGUCACGUGUGUGCACGCUGGCACACUUAGGCACAAUGCACAUUAAUCGCUCCAUCCUCUGUGUGUCUGUGUGUGUGUGUGUGUGUGUGUGUGUCAAUAUGGAUCUCUGUGUGUGUGUGUGUGUGUGAAUGUGGAUCUCUGUGUGUGUGUGUGUCAAUAUGGAUCUGUGUGUGUGUGUGUGUGUGUGUGUCAAUAUGGAUCUUUGUGUGUGUGUGUGAAUGUGGAUCUGUGUGUGUGUGUGAAUGUGGAUCUGUGUGUGUGUGUCAAUAUGGAUCUCUGUG